UUUUUUACUCAUUUUCCAGUUUAGAUCUGAGUUGAAGAGACGCGAUAAUGGUGGUGGGAUCUACUCUACGUCUCCUACUACUGGCUUCAACUGCAAGUGAUGGAACCUCGCAACCGUCGGCCCAUUUUCUUCUCCUCUCGCUAUCCCUUUUCUCUUCCCCUUUACAUUGCAGAACCCUAAACACUCCCUUCGCGUUCCCGACGCCUCUAGCUCGCCAAUUGAUAGAUAGGCGAAUAUAGAAUCGAUGGCGAAUGCUUCGUUCUCUAUUCUAGUUAUGCUUCUGGGUAGCAUCUCGCUCGUUGGCGGGCAGGCUGACCGUUGCGGAGUGGAACCCAACGUCGUUCUUCCUGUAGGUUACGGCAACAUUACUCUAGUUUGCCUUCCGAUCUGGAACAAUCUGGUUCUUCGGUAUUCCCUAAACGAAGAUAAUGUUUUGACGAUCGUGCUUUCUAUGCUUUACACCUCUGGUUGGCUUGGAAUGGGAUUCUCAAAGGAUGGGAUGAUGGUGGGCUCGAGCGCCAUGGUCGGCUGGAUUGGAAACACCGGGCGACCCCAUAUUAAGCAAUUCUAUCUGCGUGGUAGGUCCAGCUCUCAAGUUUUAGCUGAUCAAGGACAGUUGCCAGCUGCAGGUAAUGCGCCUGUCAUUGUUCAGAAUGGACCAAACAUCUACAUGGCCUUCCAGUUGAAAUUUCUAAGUAGGAUUACACAGCAGAAGCUUCUGUUUGCUUUUGGGACGGCCACCCCUGUUAACGACCGAUUAACGAGACAUCAGGAUAAGACAUCUGUUUCCUUUGAUUUCUACACUAGGACUUUGUCUGCUUCGUCCUACCCAUACCAGCUGAAGAGGACGCAUGGCAUACUGAACAUAAUUGGUUGGGGUGUGAUACUGCCAAUAGGGGCAAUAGUGGCAAGAUAUUUUAGAGCCAGAGAUCCAUUGUGGUUUUAUCUUCACUCAGCAAUUCAGUUUAUUGGAUUUAUGCUUGGACUAGCUGGGGUGGUUGCUGGAUUUGCACUUUAUCAUAAAUUGCAUGCAAGUGUAUCGUCACACAGGUCCCUUGGUGUUUUUAUCCUCGUGCUUGGUAUCCUUCAGGUGUUGGCUCUUUUUCUGAGACCUAACAAGGAUUAUAAGCUGAGAAAAUACUGGAACUGGUAUCACUGGUGGGUCGGAAGGCUUCUUCUCCUUCUCGCAGUAAUUAACAUUUUUGUUGGAAUUCAUGUAGGCGGUGCAGGAGACUCGUGGAAAAUUGGUUAUGGAAUCAACCUUAGUUUGCUUCUACUAGCAACAGUUGUUUUGGAAGUUAUGUUGUGGAUAUCUUGGCCCAGAAAGACAGCCAACCCACCGGCUUUCUAAACUAAAUGCAUUUUUUAGAUUAAUUAUAAGGUAAGGUUUUGUAAGUAAGUGCAUGUAGUUAUUGUUUUUGUCAUUUCAUUACCAAAUUUACUACAAAAUUUGUUCAGUGUUUUAAGCAAGAAGAUAUCUGCCGUUGUGUAUUGCUAAAAAAAAUGUAUUUUUUU